AAUUAAAAUUGAGUAUUAAUUUUGCAUAAAUUUUAUGUAAAAAGAGUUGCCUCAUUAUUAGAACUAAGAAUAUAUAUUUUACCCCAAUUUUUUUGAAGCUUUAGAUAAUUUUUACUAUAAGGAAAAUUGACUAUCAUUAAAAUUCUCAUUUUAAUGUAAAUGUAGACUCGAAUCGUAAACAAGUGCCAAAACAAAUUGAUCAAAUAUGGAUUGGUAGUACUGUUGAUGUAAGUUCAAAAAAAAUUUAUGAAUCAGUUGAAAGAUCAACUGCCAUACAAUUAUGUGGAUGGGAUAGUCUAAUUAUAAAUGAUACUGAUCAUCAACGACAUAGUGAUAAAAUAAAAAGUUUAUUAGAGAUUGGACAAUAUGGAAAAGCAGCUGCCUUGUAUAUAUUUCAAAUGAAUUUAGAUAAAGCGAUACAAGUAUUAAAUGAAGGUCUUAGUAAAGGUGGUAAUGAAAAUUUGGCAACAUUAAUUUUGGCUCUUAUUGGUUGUGUAACAACGACAAAUCAUCAAAAUACAUUUUUUGAUUAUACAAAUAUAACAAAAAAAUUUGAAGAUAGUUAUAUUCGUGCCAUGUUUGCUUUUAUACUAUCGGAUGAUGCACAACAAGAUCAAAAUUAUUCAAAUGUUCUUGAUGAACAACUUGAUUUAAAUGAUAAAGUUGGUUUUAGUUGUCGAUAUUUAAAUGAUCAAUGUUUAGAUAUUUAUUUGGAUAAACUUUCAAUGGAAAGUAAAUCAAAAGGAGAUUUACAAGGAAUUAUUCUAACUGGUUUAAGAACGUCUGGUUGUGAAUUAAUUCAAAAAUAUCUUGAGAAUACAAAUGAUAUAAGAACAGUGGCACUAUUGGCUAUUCAUGUACCAGAGGAUAUAGUACAAGAUUGUCCAUAUGUUCGAGAAUGGCUUGAAGGAUAUAGAAAUUUGUUAGAUCAGUUACAAAUGUGGACAGAACGAGCUGAAGUCGAUGUAUAUCGUAAUCAGAUGUCACAUACACGAUCAAAUAUUAGUGAUAUGAGAGAGAUUGACAUCAAUUGUAUAUUUUGUAAUUCAUUAUUGGAUCAAUCAAGAUCAGCAAAUAGACGAGAAAGACAUAAUACAUCUCAUAUUGGAUCAUCAUCAACUGUUCUAAUGGUUUGUUCAAAAUGUCGUCAAUCUUUACCACGUUGUGCUGUUUGUAUGAUGAAUUUAUCAAAUUAUAUUGAAGAUUCCUCUUGUUCACCCAAUUCACAACCAGAUAAAUAUCAUUUGUUAUCAUCUCAAUGGUUUACAUGGUGUAAAAAAUGUAGACAUGGUGGUCAUGCUGAACAUGUAAAUAAUUGGUUUAAGUAUAACAAAGAGUGUCCUGUAGCAAAAUGUCUAUGUCCAUGCACAAUUACUGAUGGAUACUACUGA